UUUUACAUCACUAGUUCUUACAAGAUUUCGUUCGAUUUUGUACACUUGCUAUCGUGAGAAACGGUCUAGUGUAAAAUUAAAUAAUGGCUGCCCUUUGCAGACAAAUUGUUCGCGCUAAUGCAUUAAGGGGUGCCCUGGUUAAUGCCGCUCGGCGGGGAUAUGCCGACAAAAUGAUGCCUGACCCCCUUGAGCACGCCACCGGCCUGGAAAGGAAGGAGUUACUCGCCCUCCAGGCAGGUCAGGAUGAUCCCUUCAACAUGAAAGUGCUGAAGAAAGAAGCCGGCACAAAAGAUAAACCCACCCUGGUGCCCUCCUGCUUCGAUGCUAGGAUUGUAGGAUGUAUAUGCGAUGAACACUCCACGGCUAUCACCUGGCUCUGGUUACACAAGGAUCAGCCCCGCCGUUGCGAAUGCGGACACUGGUACAAACUGAUCGAGAAGCCUCUUAUCUAAAACCGUUUAUUUAGUUAUUAAAGUAGUGUAACAACUGCAAUAACGCAUCUUGCGCCGCGCACAGACUUCCGUUAAUCUAUGGUUCCUGGUGUUGCCAUACACGAAAAGGAUGCGCUAGUUUUCAAUUACCAAAUUGAUAAAUCAAUAAUUAAAUAUUUAUAAGCAUAA